AUGUCUAGCACUCAAGGUCAGGUUAUCCGCUGCAAAGCCGCCGUGUCAUGGGAGGCCGGAAAGCCUCUGGUGAUCGAAGAAGUUGACGUGGCACCACCGCAAAAAAUGGAAGUUCGUCUCAAGAUUCUAUUCACUUCCCUUUGCCACACCGAUGUUUAUUUCUGGGAAGCCAAGGGCCAAACGCCUCUGUUCCCUCGCAUAUUCGGCCAUGAAGCCGGAGGAGUCGUCGAGAGUGUAGGGGAAGGCGUGACGGACCUCAAACCGGGCGAUCACGUCCUCCCCGUGUUCACGGGCGAAUGCAAGGAGUGCCGCCAUUGCAAGUCGUCCGAGAGCAACAUGUGUGACCUCCUCCGGAUAAACACCGACCGAGGCGUGAUGAUCGAGGACGGCAAAACGAGGUUCUCAAAGAACGGCCAACCGAUACACCAUUUUCUCGGCACGUCGACUUUUAGCGAGUACACGGUCGUUCACGUCGGGUGCGUCGCUAAAAUCAACCCGAAAGCCCCACUUGACAUCGUUUGUGUUCUUAGUUGCGGAAUUUCGACCGGACUCGGGGCGACUCUAAAUGUGGCCAAGCCGACUAAGGGUUCGACUGUUGCAAUUUUCGGAUUGGGGGCCGUGGGUUUAGCGGCUGCCGAGGGGGCUCGCAUUGCUGGGGCUUCGCGUAUUAUUGGCAUCGACUUGAACCCGAGUCGUUUCGAUGAAGCAAAGAAAUUUGGUGUGACUGAAUUUGUGAACCCUAAGGACCAUGACAAGCCUGUUCAAGAGGUGAUAGUCGGGAUGACGGACGGUGGGGUCGACCGGAGUGUCGAGUGUACCGGAAACGUGAAUGCCAUGAUAUCCGCAUUCGAGUGUGUUCACGAUGGUUGGGGUGUGGCCGUGUUGGUUGGGGUUCCGAACAAAGACGACGCGUUCAAGACUCAUCCAGUGAACUUGCUCAACGAGAGGACUCUCAAAGGGACAUUUUUCGGCAAUUAUAAGCCGAGGAGCGACAUUCCUUCCGUGGUCGAAAAGUAUAUGAACAAGGAGCUGGAGCUCGAGAAAUUCAUAACACACAAAGUGCCAUUUUCUGAGAUUAACAAAGCUUUCGAGUACAUGCUGCGAGGGGAGGGUCUUCGAUGCAUGAUCACCAUGGGAGAAUAA